AUGCUUUUGUGCUUUGUGCAUUUCGUAUUAUAUUUGAACACAUACAAGCCAAUUCCAUCCAUUUCUCGACUUCGCAUUCUCAGAAAGCCAAAAACGUACACGGGCCUUACGCUGCCUCAUAAGUUGCCACCAUUGGCCAACCCAGUCGAUGUGAGAGUUCUUCCUCUUCCCGGCUACCUGGAACAGACGGUCGCGACCAUCCUAUCCUCUGCGCUGGCGGGUGUCGGGCAGCUGAAACCGAAAUUCCCCUUCGUUGAACCGGAAAAAUCGGCCCUCGCCUAUUUGGCCCUUUACUUGAAAGGUGAGUUUUCCGUCUGCUUGACAGCUUUGUAUGUCGGCAUGUGA